CCGAUGCACACUUCCGCUUCCGGUCCGUGCCCUUGGGGCUCCGUGUCCUGCGGAUCUGGCUUCUGCUACCUGGUUUGCAGCCGGGAAACAUGGCGGCGGCGGCGGCGGCGGCGGCUGCAAGGGGCUGUUGGCGGGGGCUCGUGGGGCCCGCGGCGGUGGCUAGGGUGUCCGUGCGACCCUCGGUGCUUUUGCUGCCUGUGAGGAAGGAAAGCGCUGCGGCCGACACGCGCCCCACUAUCAGACCACGGAAUGAUGUGGUCCACAAGCAGCUCUCAGCUUUUGGACAGUAUGUGGCUGAAAUCCUGCCCAAGUAUGUCCAGCAAGUUCAGGUGUCCUGCUUCAACGAGUUAGAGAUUUUUAUCCAUCCUGAUGGAGUCAUCCCAGUGCUGACUUUCCUUAGGGAUCACACUAACGCACAGUUCAAAUCCUUGGCUGACCUGACAGCAGUGGAUGUACCUACCCGGCAGAACCGUUUUGAGAUUGUUUACAACCUGCUGUCUCUGCGCUUCAACUCCCGGAUCCGUGUGAAGACCUAUACAGAUGAGCUGACGCCCAUUGAGUCUUCUGUGACUGUGUACAAGGCAGCCAACUGGUAUGAGAGGGAGAUCUGGGACAUGUUUGGAGUCUUCUUUGCUAACCACCCUGACCUAAGAAGGAUCCUGACAGACUAUGGCUUUGAGGGACAUCCUUUCCGGAAAGAUUUCCCCCUGUCUGGCUAUGUUGAGUUGCGCUACGAUGAUGAGGUGAAGCGGGUGGUGGCUGAGCCAGUGGAGUUGGCCCAAGAGUUCCGCAAGUUUGAUCUAAACAGCCCGUGGGAGGUUUUCCCUGCCUAUCGCCAGCCCCCUGAGGAUCUCAAGCUUGAAGCCGGAGACAAGAAACCUGAAACCAAGUAGUUCCAGGGAAGGCAUAUGUACCCUAGCAAGCGCCUUAUCUGUAAUUGAGUGUCCCUGUAAAUAAAAUCCUGCUUAGACACACUA